AUGGCGCCGCAAAGAUUCUCAGUGGCAUCACUGCUUAUUCUACUUCUCUAUAUCACAGCUGCUCAUUCUGCGAUUAUCCAGAAACGAGCAACCUCCUCGUCUACUCACAGCGUAUCGAAGAUAUCGUCUUCAUCUACUCGCACUGUGUCGAAGAGUUCGUCUUCGUCUAGUCGCAGCGUCUCGAAGAUCUCGUCUACCUCGAGUGCAGCCUCUAAGCCGAAAACUAGCUCGACCAAAUCAGCCACUAGUUCUUCUGGUGCUUCGAAGAUCUCGUCUGGUGCUGCUGUAAUCACCAAUCCAAGAAAAUAUCCUGCCACUUCGGCAACUACUUCUGCGGCUUAUACUGGAUGGUAUGCCAUUCCUCAAAAGAGUAUUCCUGCCGAUAGAGCACAAGCGAUUGCCUCCAAGCGCCAGAACUUCGGAUAUGGACCGGCCGUCGCAGGUGGACCUUUCUUCCCCAGUGGCUCUCUUGGUAAUACCUUGAUCCAGAACGAUAUAUCUACUUUCCAGGCCGAAACUGGCCCCCAAAUGAGUGACACCAACUCGGACAUCGCGAAGGCCGAAUCCGACGUUGGCAAGUACAACGGCUUGCAGACAUUGCAAGACUAUACCUUGCUGUACGACGACGAGUGGACGGCCACUCUAGCUCAAGGCCCCGCACCCGGCAUCCUCACCAACUAUACCCAGGACUUACUUUUCUCAAUGGAGCGCCUUUCCUUCAGCCCAUACCAAAUCCGAAGAUUGAACUCGUGCGACGAUUCUCUCAACUUCGAGGUCGACGACGCGAUUGCUAAGAACAUCACCGGCAUGACUCAACAGCAGCUGUUUACAUCUGGUCGAUUGUUCUAUGCCGACUACAGAGAUCAGGCGAAGCUCGUUGCCACAACAGCCGCUCGCUACUCGGCUGCAGUUGAUGCUUACUUCUACAUCGACCAGACGUCCGGCAACUUCCUUCCUUUGGCCAUCCGUACCAACCAGGGCGCAAACCUUAUCUACACACCUGCUGACAGUGCAGAUGACUGGCUGCUCGCAAAGAUCAUGUACAACGUUUGCGACUUGUGGUUCGCACAGUGGGAGCACUUAUCGAGAACUCAUGAAGUUGUCCAGAUCGUCUACAUGGCAGCUAUUCGCACGCUAAGUGACGCUCACCCCGUUAAGGCCAUCCUCGACCGAUUGAUGUAUGAAGUUUUUGCGAUUCAACCUCUGGCAGCACAAGUUUUGUUCGCGCCUGGUGGCGUCGUCGACCAAGCUUUCCCGUACACCUACCAAUCUGCGCAAAACUACAGCAGCAACUACUACUUCACUCGUAGUGGUUUCUUCCAGUCGGGCUACUUCCUCAACGAUCUCACGAACCGUGGAUUGAUUAACGCUACCACUGGUCCGCAGCUCAAGAACUUCCCCUACUACGAAGACGCUUCUGUCAUCUAUUCUGCUAUUCGUACCUUCAUGACCUCUUUCAUCAGCUCUUACUACGCUCAAGAUUCAGUGGUAGCAGCGGACAAGGAAAUUCAAGCUUGGGUUCAGGAGUGCAAUGGUGCUGCUAAAGUGAUGGACUUCCCAUCUGCUAUCACAAAGACUAGCACACUCGUUGACGUGAUGACACACAUGGUAUUUGGACUCAUUACAAUUUUCAGUAUGCAGGACGCGACAACUAACGAUCAUGACAGNGCCCAUCUUUCUUCGACUGCACACCACACUGUCAACACAAACCAGCUCAUGUCUGCCUCGGCAACUCUUCCCUUCCAUGCCAUGGCCCUUUACAGUCCCGUCCCGAACCAAAAGAACGUGACGAACCUUGUGUCGUUCCUUCCCCCACUCGAGCAGGCGGGAGAGCAGAUUGCUAUCAACACUCUUUUCGCUCGCGAAUACCUUGCAGGCACCAACCGAACAUUGAGCCACAUGUUCGACGACGCCGCUAUGCUCAAGCGCAUGAACGCGAACACCAGAAAUGCGGCUACAACUUUCAUGAACUCUAUGAACUCUUUUAGCUCUAAGGUCAAGGCUAGAACCUUCGACUCACAGGGCUUGAGUCAAGGUAUGCCGUUCGUGUGGCAGGCACUGGACCCUAACGUUGCACCAUUUGGUGUCACAGUUUAG